GACUUCAAAAGACGCCUCAUGCUCGCCUUCAACUUCUUCAAGCCAUCAUGGGCUCUACUCUGCACCUUGCAUGUCUGCAUGUCACUGCUUCUCGCGGAUGCCGUUCACCAAAAUCCCCAGCCAAUAUUAUUGUUAAGCCGUACCAUCCAAUCCGUCUCUCGGACACUUUUCGCGUCAGGCCUCUUCAACACAAUUUGGAUGCUUCCUAAUUCGAUGCAAGCGGCGGUACCAUCACAAUCGCAUUCAUCUCCAGCCGGACCGGAAAAAGUUGUCCGAGUUGUCAACCAACCUGGUUGUCAGUACAAGAUCGAGUUCAGGCCGAAUACAUCAGCUGUAGAAGAGGUCCCUCCAGUCUACCCCAUGUGUGUUCGACCCCGCGGCCCUAUAAGAACAACUCUGCUGCAGAUAUACUUUCAGUUAUGGGCCCUUUACAAGGACGUUUUGAACUGGAUCUGUGAUGUCAAGUGUCAGCGGCCGAAGAAGGACGAGAAAGAGGUGAGCAAUAGGCCUAACGCUCUUGGGCAGCUCGAGGCGACAAACAUGUCUCAGAAUUGCCAGUUCGAGGGUCGACUCCGGAUGGAGAAGAGUCUGCAGGAGGCUGAUUCAGGGAAGUCUCGACUCAUGCUGGUCAUUCAACUCUCGAACCAACCCGGUAACAUCGUUCAUGUGCCAUUGGUUCUGGGAUUUCCGCAUCUGGGUUACUUAGUAGAGCAGAACGCGCAGGUCACAGGCGUUCAGUCAACCUCAGUUAAUAUUACCUGCCACAAACAAGCCGACUAG